AUGAAGACCAAGUGUACCCACUUGGCCCACAUCUCCCGCCGGCAGCAGAUGAUCGUGUGGCUCCCGGACCACGCCACCAUCUCGCACACCAUGAAGACCAUGGCCCUGCACCGCAUCCUCUCCGUCCCCGUGUACGCCAAGCACGCGGAGGAGGAGGGGGAGCUCAUGGAGCCCCUGGGAUUCGUCGACUUGCACGACAUCCUCGCUGGCUUCAUGGCCUUCAUUCAAGACGGCGACGGGUUCGACGCCGACAUGCCCAUGCUCAAGAAAAUGUCCAUCCUCGAGUCCAAAGGGAGCCUGUUCUCGCACACGCUGCUGAAGGACCUCCCGAGCAUCGGCAAGGACGGCGACCUGCUCUUCCAGGGCAUCGCCGAGCGCUGCACGCUGUGGGAGCUCGUCCACGACGGGUUCAUGCACCCGAGGCGCUCGGGGGAGGGCGAGUAUGAGGGCGAGGCGUCGAGCGGGAAGACGCAGUCCGUCCCCGGGGCGCCGCUCGGCGUGCGCGGGCGGUCGUCCGCGGACGGCUCGACGGACCCGUCGGCGCGCACGCAGCGCAACACGGGCAGCGCGAGCGAGGCGGCGGACGACGGCCGCACGUCGUCGCUGCCCUCGCGCGACGGCAGCGCGACCGCGGCGUGCCCGCCCGCCAAGGCGGGCUCGCGCGCCCUCCCGGCAGCCUCGCAGUCGAUGCGCGGCUCGAUGCACACUCCGGCGCGCUGCGUCCACCGCGUCGGGGUGUUCAACACCUCCGGGGUCGUCCAGGCCGUCAUCAGCCAGACCGACGUCGUGCGCUUCCUGCACGAGAACAUGCGGCAGCUCGGACCCAUCGCACGCAUGACAGUCGGGGAGGCCGGGUGGGUGCGCGAGUCCCGGCGCGACCUGAUCGUGAAGAUCACGCCGGAGACGCUCACGCUCGACGCGCUGUCCAAGAUGAACCGCCUGGGGCUCGCGGGGCUGCCCGUCGUGGACGAGCAGGGCCUCCUCCUCGGCAACAUCUCCAUGUCGGACUUCCGCUGCAUCACGCCGGAGCACUUUGGCGCCCUGGCACUCCCCGUGGGGGAGUUCCUCGCCCUGGAGCACUCGGCCACCUACCUGGGGUACGCCAGGGGGCCCAGCCCGCCCGCCUCGCCGGACAUGCGCAAGCCGCGCGCCCCGGAGCCCGCCGGGUCCGGCGCCGAGCACGUCCCGGCGCCGCUGAGGGCCCCUGGGAAGGCGUCGUCGCAGGCGGCGUGGCUGCAGCGCGAGCUGUGCAUCCGCGCCGCGAAGAACCAGACGCGCCAGAGGGACGAGACGCCGACGUCGCCGACGGCCGCGGCGAUCAAGUCGCCGCCCGGGUCGCUGGUCGGGCAGUCGCUCGUCGUGGUGAGGCCGCAUCACUCCGUGCAGGAGGUCAUGGGGCGGCUCCUGCGCGCGCGGCUGCACAGGACGUACGUCGUGGACGACGACCUCAAGCUGCUGGGCGUCGUGACGCUGUCCGACAUCCUGCGCUUCGUCAUUGAGAUCUGA